AUGGAGUUUAAAGGUGGAUAUCAAUUGUGUCCUACGUGCAAAAAACCACUAAUAAAUGGAGAAAACCUAAAACAACUGCGCAUUAAAUGGAUUAAGUGGGGAGUGUGUAGUCUAUUUAUCACUGCUGCUGGUGGAGGAAUUGGAGCUUGUGUGUUGUCAUUUUUGGGAUUUGGAUCUGCUGGUGUAGCCGGCGGAUCUUUGGCCGCAAGUUGGCAAGGACCCGCUGUGAUG